UGGGCAGUUUCUCAACCCCAGUGGUAGAGGUCCACCCUGCAGAAUCGAAAGUUUUCCACUUCUAAACACCGGACCAUACUUGAGAGGCUUGAUAAUUAACUUUGAGGCUCAGCAGGUGUUUUGGGAGUAGGAGGAACCUGAACCUCGGCGGUAGGCCUCCAGGAUUGGGGUUGAGAACCCACUUGUUUAAGCUGCAGUUAAAACCAAUUUAGAGCUAUUAUUUAUUACCGUGGCUGUGUGCUGUAAAUGCUGGAUCCGUAUCACUGUGCAACUGGUUAAUGUUUAGAGUGAUGCACUGGGAUCGAUCGAUCGGUUGGUUUGUGAUCUGGCCUGCACAUCGCACUGAUCACUUUUUCAGUCAUCUAUUCCUGAUCACUAGAGAACACUCAGAACACAUCUAACUUCCCGACCAGCCAGGUGAAAACAAACAAAAAAGUGCCACGAAAUCCUAUUUGGACCAAAAAACCCAGUCCCACAUUAAAGCUCAUCCUAAGUCAUUUUUUGCACACCGUGCAGAGAGUAAAGAUCAUUUGCACACCCUGUUGAUCAACGAGGAUCUCCGCUGUAAGCGCGAGACGCACAGAGGCGAGCUCGUGCCACGUUCUGCUCCAAAACGACUGUCUGAUUUCUCCGUUUAGAGCCAUGGAUCAAGCCGAGUGUUAGAACUGAAGUAGUAUAAUCGCAUAGUUUCCCUCUACCCGCUCGGUAUCUGGCCAAACCGGCGUCAGGGCUGCUCGUCGCCUUUGUGCAGGGAGCGUCCUGCAUUCUGCGGAGGGGGGCACAGUUUCAGUGAGCGCAAAUAAUCAAAUAAUGGCAGAGAAAUGAGAAGGAAAACAAAAGCCAAGCGGAUUCUGGACUACGAAAAUGAAGAGCAGGACGAGAAAGAAGAACAAAAACUGGACGAAUUCUACCACGGGCUGCAGAAACGGAGAAAACAAACGGAUGCUGCCAAAGAGCGAGCUGAGGAGAAUUCACCAGCAGCCGCGGGGCUCCAGAAGUUGGACAUGAGGGGCUAUGGGUUCGACUGCUCUCCCACAGGCAGAUUUGAUGAGGGACAUCCCACCGCAGAGCAGGAGGCUGAAUAUUUGCAGUCUUAUUCGAAGAUGGAGCUAAUUGCCAUGGUUCUAUGCAUGCAGCGGGAAAUGGAGAGCUUAAAGGAACAACUACGGUGCCUUACAGCAUGUGGAAAGUUGGCCAAAAACCUAGAGGCCCUGAUCGAGAGGACCCAGAUGUUGCCUAAUGGAGAUAAGAAGACAUCUCUCCCUGUUCCCUCCAGCCCCAUGACCGAGCCUGUGGAAGUGGAUGCUUUAAUGCCAGCUAUGCCGUAUGCCUCAGGUGUUAUGAAUGGGCAGUGGGUCAAGCAGGAAACUCUUACCCAGAAAUCUAAUGAAGUCUCCCACAGGAACGGUCUCUUCACAGAGUUUAUCACACCUGAGCUUUUGGAGAGGUGUAACACUGGCACAACUGCCCAGAAGCUGACCAAUGAUCUGUUGCGUGGACUGUAUGAGAGAGACUGUUUGGCCUCCCACUCAAUCUCUGGUGUGGUGUAUAAUAAAAGGGGUCAACCCAAACCUGCCCUGCCCACUGAAGAGGUGCAGGCCAUCCUGAGAACCGUCCAGUAUUUCUUUCCUGGGAAAACUGAUGCUGAGAUUAAGGGCUACAUUCGUCAAAAACUGCAAAACGAAGCAAAAAGAUUGAGGAAAAAACCUCCACUCUCUGGCCCAGAACCUAGAGCUCUGAGUCUAUCCAGCCCUAGAUCAAGUAGCCAUCAGUUGGAUUUGAUUGGACAAAAAUCAAAUGUUUGAUUAGCAGUGAUGAUUAUAAUUUUUUGAUCAUCAAACAAACUAGCCUUAUUCACUGCUAAAUAUGAUCAAGAGAUCAAGAGCUCUUGACCAGUACAAAUUAUGUUAAUUAUUUUGUUCGGACUGUCCUGAAAAUGUUAUGAUCUCUUGCAAUAGCUCCUCAUCAUUGUGACAGCAUCAAUGUCAAGAUCAGAUGGUCUCGAACUAUUAAGAACACACAGUAAUAAGAUUAGAUAUUAAUGUGAGUCUGUAAACAUUUUUCAUGUUUUGUAUUUAAUUGCUGUGUAGUAGCUACACUGCACAAUAACAGAAGGUGUGAACAUUAUUUUCCUUGUAUCAUAAAUGUAUUUCUUACUAAAUUAUGGUCCUUAUUACUCAACUGUAGCUUUAUGUAUGUAAUUUUUUUGUUAUUAAAAUGAUGAAAAAGCAAGCAAUUAGCUAAGUAGUA